GUUGCUAAUCGCCGGGAUAAGCUGCUUACAGAGCCCCAGCUGGAGCGGGCGCGGGGUCCGGGCGCUGAGGGGGACGAGGCGGGUCGUCCCUGCGCAGGAGGUGCUGACACGGAGGUGCCCGGCCGGUCCCCCAGGUCCUGGCGGGGCCCCGCAGUGGCGACUCUCAGAGCGAGCCUCUGAGAACAGCUUCUGGUCGUUGAAAGUGAAUGAACAAAGUUUCCAGCACUUGUGUGACAGAGAAAUCCUAAGAAGGUGUUUCCAGGCCUGGAGGAGACUCGUCCUUUGGAAGAGGGCUGCAGCCAGGCAGCUCUACAGUGAGCAGCUGCUUCGGAAGGGCCUUGGUGCUCUGCAGUGGGCUGUGCACUGGAGGAGGACGCAGCUGGAGGUGGCCCGGCGGAGACAUGCUAACACUCUGCUGGCUGCCAGCUUCCACAGGUGGAAGGAAGCUGUGGCAAAACGGAGCAAGAAGGAAGCUCUGCAGCCUGAGCCAUAUUCUUAUACCCAAAGUUCAUCAGCAGGGGGUUUUGGAGUAGGAAGAUUAGCAACUAUGACAACCUCAGCUCAGCAUCAGCUUACAACAGGAUACUCAAAGGAAGCAGAGCAGGCUCGUAGGGUGGAGGGAGAGCUGUGGACACAGCUUCGUCAUAGUAAGAGAAAUGAGUUCUGCUGGAGAGCUGAAGCCAUCAGAGACAUGAGACGCCUGGCUGCAGCUUUCAGACUGUGGCGCCUGCAGAAGGAGGUGCUGAGCAAAGAGGAAACCAGGCUCUCGGAAGCCCGUGCCCUGCUGGAAAGGAAGAAGCUACGAAACCUUCUCUGGAUGUGGCGUUCCCGAUGCUUGGAAAUGAAACAGAUUUUAGCACUGACAACUCAAAUCCAAAGAGCCUCAAUCUCCCGGUGCUUCAAUGCAUGGAAGGAGGCUGCUGAGCAGAAGGCACUUAACAGGUUCAACCUGGCCCGUCUCAGAGCAGUAUCACUGAGGAAGCACUUCCAUCUGUGGGUUGAGAUGCUGCAGGUCAGAGAAGGUGAUAAGCAGGCAGUGGUGAACCUCUUCCUCCUACAGUGGAGGCAGCAUCAUGGAGCAGUUAUAAGCUCAGAAGCUGACAAGAGAGUGACAAAGAGGCCUGAAGAUCAGCCAUUGUGGACUGUGGAGAGACAGUUUCUGGAGAAAACAGACUGCUCUUUUGAUGACUUCUGCCAAAAGCUGAAGCUGCAGAGGGUGUAUCUGCUGUGGAAAGCAAGGCUGUGCGAGCAUCACAAAGCUGAUUAUUUCUCUCAGACUUUGGAGCAGUGCAGACUCAGAAAAGCUCUGAAACUGUGGCACCAAAAGUACCUCACGCUGAAGACAAUUGAACAAAGUUCUAAGCACUCGCACAAAGCUGUUAAUGAGGAACCUCUUGCCAUGCUGUUUUCUGAGGACCUCUCAAUAUCAUCUGGCUUUGACAGCAGUGCUGCAGCUACUCUGAACUCUCAAAGCUCAUUGGAAAAGGAGUGCAGUCUCAGUGACAGCAGCCAGCACGGCUUCUCCCUUCUGAUCUCUGAGGAUGUCACACACCUGCCAUGUCACAGUUCUUUCCUGCAACUCCACCAGUGCACAGAGCUGCCAGCUGAGCUGGGUGGGGAGCUGUGCUUGCAGACCUCCUUUCCUCUACAGAGCACUGGAUCUGGAAGAAAUUGGUUUGUGGGAGAUGAGUUCCAGACUUUGGUGCUGCAGAGUCCAGACGAUAAUAACCAGCUUCUCACCAGUUACUCUGCAUGGGAAGAGGACUACAGUUCUGACAAGGAGGUGAAGAGUUGCUGGCAGCAGGCAGAGAAAUGCUGCCUGCAGAGGUACUUCAUUGUUUGGUCAGCUCGGACUCAACAGCUUGUGAAGGUCCAGCAGUACUUCAGGCACGUUCAGCUGUCUCGAGCCUUUCUCAGCUGGCACCACUGGGUUGUGGAAAAUAAGAACAGAAAAGCAGCAGCAGCCCUAAAACAUGGAGAUCAUUGCUGCCAGAUGGCUUUCAGCCUGUGGAAAAAGAGAAUGGCCCAGAAAGUGGAGGUGGACCGGAGAUUCAUGUGUCACGUGCACCAGGUCACUGCUGAUGCCCUGAAGCGUUGGCAUUCCUGCUGGCAAAGGAAUCGUGCUCUGAGGGAGCUGCAGCAGCAGUGGGCUCAGCACAGCUGCCAGGAGAAGAAGAGGCUGGUCCUGCAGACGUGGUAUUACCAAACAAUGAAGCAGAAAUAUGCUGCUUUAUUCUGGGAACGUCUUCUCCUGCACAGGUGCCUCAUCACCUGGGCCCAGGUCACUGCGUGUAGUCUGAGGCAGCGCGAAGCCCUCUCUGAGUUUAAAAGGGUCAGAGAGCACCGUCUCUUACUUGUGAGCUUUACUGAGUGGAGGAACAAACUCUUGAGAGCUAAACAGAGGGUGCCAGGAGAGAGAAACCACAAGUGGCAGGCCCCCUCUCCAGGUAAAGCCUGUCACCGCUGGCGAGUGGCUGCACGAGGACAGCAAGCCCUGCGCCUGGGAUCUGUGGCCACUGUCAAACAGGCCUGCAACUACUGGACCAAAGCAGCUGCCUUUUCCCAGUGCUUACGGCAGCGCAGUACCCUCAUAGGGGCUAGGAAAAGCAGGAAGAUGGCUCUGUCCUGGCCCCUGAAAAGCAGAAGAGGCAGAGAACAGGGUUCAGCUCCAGCUGGACUUUUUCCCAGUGCCAUUCAGCGCUGGCUGGUGAUCUACAGAAACCAGAACAGGGCUGAAAGGCUGCGGCUCCCUCACCUGGUGGAGAGACCUGAUGUGGUGGGACCCUCUCAUGCACAUGCAAGGAUCGAGGAGAAGAAAGCAGAGGUGGACUUGGAGGAGUGGGAUGAGGAGCGUCUCGGGAGGAAAUACCUGAGGUGGUGGCAUCGCACAGUGGUCCUUUGCCGGCACCAGCGCGAAAGGAGACUGCUCUGUCUGGCAAGGGGGUGGCACCAGUGGAAGGAAGCCAGCAGAGUGGUGAUACUGGCUCAGGUGUUGGACCGGCAGCGGCUCAUAGAAAAGACCUGGAGGAUGUGGAGGCGAAGAUAUUUGCAAAGCUAUGUGGUACAGAAUUUUUUGGAGGAGGAAGCCACGAGCCUCCUGUCCCAGGCCUUUGGAAGGUGGCAGCAGCUCACAGCAUUCCAGCUCAAGGACAAAGGACUCUGCUGAAUGGAAGGGGACUGCCUGCAGCUGCUGCUCAUUUCAGGACACGUGGAGGAUGUGGCUCCUGUCACAACAAAGAGCUGGUCCUGUGCAGUUGAGAAAGAGAACACUGCUCUUGUGAUAAAAGCAGUGCUGCAGGCCAGAAGGGUGACAGCCAAAGGACAACCAGGAAGAGAUGGUAUACCUAGUCAAAGGUUCUCUUUAAAGGACUUGUAUCCUACCUCCUUAGCAGCAUAAAUGGAGAAGUUACUCCCCAUUGUUGUGAGGUUGCACUCCCUUCUCCUCUGGACCCUGCUUUUGCUGCAGUUCUGAUUAAAGGUCAAAAAACCGUCUUA